AUGGCUACCACCCGUAGUUCCACAGGCUCUGCCAAGUCUUCCCCAGUUCCUGCAAAGAAGGCCAACAGAAAGCGUUCUGCUGAGUCUCAAUCUUCUCCACCUGCCAAGCGCGGCCGUCCUGCCAAGGUAAAGAAGGCCAAGCAACAAAAGACGGCUGAGGAUACCAUGACUGGAGUUGGGAAUGACAAGGAUGUUGCCAAGCAGAUCAAUGAUGCCUCUGAAGAACAAGCCGACGGCAAUGGCAAGGAUGGUGAAGUCGAUUCGAUGCAGGUCAAUAAGAGUCAAGAGCAAGAGAAUGAGGAGAGUGAGGAUGCCAGUGCUGACAAGACCGACGCCAAGCCGAAGGGUGCUCAAGAUGGGGAGAAGAACGCCUUUGGUGAAGUCAAGGCUGAUGCCAGUGAGGUCAAUGCUGAUGCUCAGAAGGAGAAAGAGGAGAAGGGCGAGCCUAUCACCAACAACAGCAAGUCUGUCCUCGAGGAUGAUGCACAUGCAGCUGUAAUUCCCUCCUCUAUCCUAGAGCGGGGUAUCAUGUACUUGUUCUUCCAUGCUUACGUUGGUGUUGAGAACCCUCAAGGCAUCGAGGAUGUUGCUCAGUCGUAUAUCGUUCUCCGUCCGCUUCCACUCGGAACCCAGCUUCACGAAGGCCCGCUUGAGGAUUCCGGAGACGCGAGACUUUUGGCUCUGCCAAAGAAUGUGCUUCCCAUGAGCGGCAAGGAUCGGUUCUUGUUCUUUGUCGAGAAGACGAAGACCACUGUCAAGGAAAUUCGGGAGUACUUUGCUACCAAUGAGUAUGCCGCCAAGAUUGCUGACCCAAGCGUCAUUCUGGCAACUCAGCCCAUUGUAGAAGCUGCCUAUGCAAUCACAUCCAAUGGACGUGAAUCACACCUCGCGUACUAUAUCACUCGGCCCUCAAUAUCCGAUGAACUCCAAAUCGAACACGGUCUCCACUACAAGGGCAGUUUUAUCUGCUCAGUCAAGAAUCCAAGCGCUCCAGGUCCUGCCAAUGCGACAUUCGACACCCCGGCUGAGUAUCCGGAGGGCAUCCAAAAGAAAUUCAGAAACUUGAGAUGGAUGCCGCUUGAACCUGAGCUUCUGAAUCAUCAAAACACUCAAUUGUUGCUUAUUGGCGAAGGCGAAGGUGGCAUUGGUCGUGUUCUUGUCGAGCAAAGCAAGGAUGCGAAGUAUGACGAGAAGGAGAAGGAGAAGCUAGAUGAGGAGGACCAUGAUCGCGUCAAGCAUCUCGAGCAAAUGGAUCCUGUCUUCGAAAGCCUAAAUCUGAGCUCCGACUAUCCAAAGAUGCUGACGUCCUGGAAGUAA